GUCUCGUUUUGUGUUCACCAUAAAAAAAAUUCUAGCUAUACUUGUAGCAUUCUUUCAUCUAGUUUCUAUGUAUUUUUUUUUCCCACAUCACUCACUGUUUGUGCACCUUAUCGCAUGAGAAAUGUCAUUUUUGAGCUUCCGCUAUAGUUCAUCUCCAGAGUUUACUAGAUAGCUAUCCAUCGAGUUCUGUCGCUUUUGUCUGUUCUAUCUAACACAUACCUACGAAUCGUUAGUUCCAUUCAAAAUAUUCCGCCCACUGCUAAGACUAUUCCAAAGCUCCACCUUCAUCAACAAGGAGUUUCCAGAAACCUGGUAAAUUUAUAAUUAAUGUACCCUGAGGAAUAAAUUCCGCCAAAUGAAUGAAAAAUACUCUCACACCCCUGAAGAAGAACAGAAUUCUAUAGACUCCUUCAACUCCCAUCGAGUUUCGCCCGAGCCUCCACCGGCUCUGUUCUAUGAGACACUGGGGAAAAUAUGCCCAAAUAGCCAAGAGGCUCAUGGAAUAGAUGGUACCUCUAUUUCUACUAGCAUCGACAAUACAUCAAUCCGCUCUCAAAGAUCGCACUUCUCACAUGUGAUAUCUCGCAUUAACUCCAGUGCCAGCCAGAACCCUUUGGCGCAGAAACUAUCAUUGAUGAUCGAUGCAGUAAGAGAUGAUAACCUUAUUACUGAAAAGCAACGCGCUUCGGACCCUACCAUGGACUUGAUGCCUGAAACUGGCUUAUCUCUUGUACAGUCUCAACUCUCCCAUCAGGCCUCUCGUAUAUCUGGCCAACCGUGUAUGUCUGCUUUUGAGGCGGAACAUGCUGAUACAAACCAGCCAGAUGACGACCCAUCGAGGGGGAUUCCGGAUGGGGGAUAUUCUUGGGUGAUUGCAGCAUGCUGUUGCCUUCUCUCUGUGGCUACUUGGGGAUCCAACGCUUCUUAUGGCGUUUUCCUCAACUAUUACCUCUCUCUGAACUACUUCCCCGGGGCCACAAGUUUCCACUAUGCCAUGAUUGGUGGAUUGGUGAUCGGUACGUCUCUUGCAUUAUCCCCUUUCGUCUUUAUUUUUGUAAGCUACUUGGGCCUCAAGCCCACCAUGCUUCUCGGAAUCGUCAUCCAGACGGCAGGCUACAUGCUUGCGAGCGUUGCAACAAAUAUUUGGCAGCUCUUUCUCACUCAGGGGUUGAUGAUUGGUAUUUCGUUUGCCUUGAUUGCAACAUCCAGUAUAGCCAUCUUACCCAACUGGUUUUACUACAAGAGAGCCCUUGCCGCAGGCCUUACGGUGAGUGGCGCUGGGAUUGGGGGCAUUAUAUUCUCUCUUUCCUGUCAGCGUUUAAUGGAAAUAACUGGUAACCACAGGUGGCCACUUCGGAUGGUGGGAGUUGUUACGUUUUUCUGCUGUGUUGUGGCAGUUUGUUUGAUAAAACAGUAUCCCAAGGACUACCCACAGCACAAGAUUCCGUUUCAGAAACCCCCAUUGAGACAGGCUAUCCGCGUGGUAUUCAACCCCAAAAUCGUCACUUUCCUUCCGAUCAACAUUGUGGGGUUCUGGUUCAGCUUGUGCAAUAUUGGAUACAUCACACUUCUAUAUUCUAUGUCCUCCUACGCCUCUUCUAUUGGUUUAACCCGGAAGCAGGGUUCUAACGUGACUGCCGUGAUGAACCUAGGGCAGGUCUUCGGCCGUCCGGGAAUUGGUUAUUUGUCCGACAAGCUGGGGCGCAUUAACUUUUCAGUCUUUCUUCCCAUUUUAUUCGCGAUUCUCAUCUUUGCCUUCUGGAUCAACGCGACAAGCUAUGGUAGUUUGAUUGCAUGGGCCUUUGUAUGUGGGUUGACGGUAGGCUGUGCAUCAGUGAACAACCAGCCUAUGGCUGUAGAUAUCGCGGGCAUAGAGAUGUUUCCAGCUGCAUUCAGUUAUAUGAGUGUAAUUGUGGCUUUUCCACUGACAUUUGCCGAGGUUAUCGCAUUGGAGUUGAAGGACAAAACUAGCAGCCUUGGGAGGCCGUUUCUUCACACCCAGAUCUUGUGUGGAAUUAUGUUUUUGGUAGCCGGCUUGUCAAUGUUUAUUCUUCGUGAGUGGAAGAUCCGUAAGGUACUUCGUCAACGGCAGCUGGCAAUUUCAGAGAUUGUGAAUACGCAUAAAGGAAUUCAUGAAAAACUGAAAGAUGAGACCAUUGCGAAAAUCCUUAAACCAGAGGAAGUAGAGGUAAACGACAGAAGGUUGUGGAAGUAUAGGUAUCUACUACGCGGGGGAGUUGCAGGAUACUUCUCUCGAAUGAUGUAUCCUAUAAAAGUGUAGAUUUACAGUGUCUAAUUUAUAAGUUGAACGUUUCAUAGUACAAAUAAUAGCUAUGCCAU